AUGGCCUUCUUCAAGAGCUUCCAGCAGAACCUUCCAUCUGUCAACAUUUCCUCCAUCUUGGACUCAGUCACCAGUCGUGUAGACGACCUGGCCAACGCUGUCAGCGAUGUCACUUAUGCUGUCAGCGACCAGCUCACUGAGCAGGUCACCACAAUGAUCAACAAAGCGCAGGACGAGGAAGACGGAGAAAACAGCAGCAGCCAGGAGCCAGGUCAGGCGUCUGCCGCACCAGAAGGCAAAGCCAGCAAUAAAAGCAUGUGGCAAAUGCCGAGAGAUUCAGAGGAAGGUAACACAGGCUCAAAAAACAACCAAGCCAGUGAGACAACAGAGGCAGAGCACGCUCCAAGCCAGCUGGAGUGGGAAUGGAGGGAUGGAUGCUGGCGAGUUAAAAAGACGGAAGCUGAGUUAAUACAGGAAGAGAUGAGGAAGAAAGAGGAGAAGGAACAACAGGAGAAGAGAGAACAGCGGAGAAAAGAGAGAAGAGAGAAGCAGCUUGAGAAAGAAGCCCAGUCUCAGAGAAACAAAGAAGAAUCCCAGGAGAGAAGGCAAGAGGAGGAAGUUCAUGCUUUAGAGAAGACAGACAAUAGUAGUGGACAAGACGCAAAGGCAAGUGACAGUGGAGACCAGUCAGCUCCUCAACAGAGAGGUGAGGACUGUGAUAUAACUCCCACUUCAACUGGCAGUGAUACUGAAAGUAGGUUAUCAAAACAACAAGAGCAAAAAGAUGAUGGGGAAGCAGAGGAAGAGACGAAGGACUGCCCCGAGAGAAAGGGAGACGAUGAGAAAGAGGCUGAAAUUUCUUCAUCCACUACAAAAAAGAAAAAGUCCGACAAGAAGAAGGGGAAAGGUACAAAAGAGGGUUCGAAGAAAUCAGAAAAAGCUUCGGAUGAUGAGAAAAAAAAGGAGAAAGGCAAGAGAGGCAAGAAGAAAAAAAAAGGAAACCAAGAGGGAGUUUUAUCAGACAGUGAGGAGGAGGUUGGCCCCGAGGCUGCGGCCCAGCAGAACACUACUUCUGCAUGGAGCAGCAAAUGUAAGCAGUCCGCUGAGCAGGGAGGAUACAGCAGUGAGGCCUCCAGUGAGCGCGCCAACAGCAUUCAGAGGAUAAAGAAAGAUCCCUCCCUCUGUGAGCUCCAGCCUCCCCCGUACCAAGAUGAAGGCUCUGGGGCCCGUGUGUCCUCUCGUUCCCACUCAGAACGAGGGACCAGAAGGGGGUCGUCCCCACAGCGCUGCGACAGCCCCCUCUGCUCCACCGAUGCUAGUGUUGACCAGGACACUGAAAGCUACCUCAACAAAGGCUGUGAAGAGGACAUACCCAGCGACAGCACUGCUGUUCUGGGUCCAGAGGAUGGUUCUGGUCCUCAGCUCCCGACAGCCUACGAGCCCGAGCCGCUUGCUAAAUAUGGCACAUUGGAUGUUGCCUUUGAGUACGAUUCCAGUGAGCAGUGGCUGGCUGUCACAGUCACCGCAGCAACUGACAUCCCUGCUCUCAAACAGACAGGCAACAUCUCGUGGCAGGUCCAUCUGGUUCUGCUGCCCACCAAGAAGCAACGGGCGAAGACCGGCGUGCAGAAGGGCCCAUGUCCUGUGUUCACAGAAACAUUCAAGUUUUCCAGAGUGGAACAGGAGGCCCUGGGGGACUGUGCUGUUCGCUUCCGCUUGUACAGCAUCAGGCGGAUGAAAAAAGAGAAGGUCUUGGGAGAGAAGGUCUUCUAUCUGACUAAGCUAAACCUGCAGGGCAAGAUCGCUCUCCCUGUCACUCUGGACCCCGGCUCUGAACUCACAGGCUGUGGCUCUCUUGUGAGCGUGUCUCGCAGUGCGGGAGCUCUGUCCUACCGCUCUGCUGAAGAGUCCAUGCCAGAGAUCCUCCUGGGUCUCAUCUACAACUCUGCAACAGGACGGCUGUCAGCUGAGGUUAUUCAGGGAAGCCACUUCAAAACCACAGCGUCUGAUAAACCUGUCAACACCUAUGUAAAGCUGACCAUGCUGGACUCUAAGGGGAAGGAGAUGUCAAAGUGUAAGACGGCUGUGUGUCGAGGCCAGCCCAACCCCACCUACAAGGAGACAUUUGUCUUCCAGGUGGCACUCUUCCAGCUGUCCGAGGUGUCACUGGUGUUGUCGGUGUUCUGCCGCCGGAGCAGCAUGAGGCCCAGGGAGAGGCUGGGCUGGGUCUCCCUGGGCCUCAACAGCACCAGCGAGGAGCAGCAGGUCCACUGGACAGAGAUGAAAGAGGCAGAGGGACAGCAGGUCUGCCACUGGCACACUCUUACCGACACAUAGGAGGAGGAUUUCCAAAGACUGACCCUAGAGUAAGAGCAUUUCCAGAACAAUCAGAGUUCUGGGAGAGCAAGACGCACCUUGUGAGAUGUGUGUUGUGUGUGUUGCAUACAGCUGUGAGGAUGGGCACGGGUUCCCAGUCUUCACUGCCGGACUGCAUGAAUGCCCUUUAAUCUGCCACUUUCCUCUGAGGCAGAAAGACUUCACUGGUGUCGGUGUAAACUCCAGUUCCAGCCUCUUUACCGACAAGAAAAGCAACGACAGACUGAAAGUGAAUGACAUUAUAAUGACUGAAUCAAUCAAGUAGAGAACGAAACGGUUUGUUUUAGAGUGAUUCUGUUCACAGCAAAAUCUGCAUGUACACUAACUGUUUACAGGACAAAGUUAAAACACUUCCAAAUAUUUUCUCUCACUGAAUCUUGGACCAAAGAGCUCGGUCCAGGACUAGCAGACUCUUUUCUAUUACUUCUGGGCUUCUCUGGACUUUAGCUGCCACCAGCAUACCAGACAUUUCUCUAUCAGUUGUAGCCACUGACAAAAGAGAAUGCAAUGAAAAGACUGUUACAAAGGGCCUACAAGAUGCUGCAACUAUGCUUACAAGCUAUGCUUUGUACAGUUUGUUUACAUACUCAUGACAUUAUGCAAUAUCCAUUCAUUCAUUUCCCCUCUCAUGUUCUUGGAUUACCAGUCAUGGUUUACCACUUUUAUGGGUGUCUCUUUGGUGUAUGUGUUAUACAAAGGUCUGUUUUUUGCUUUUUUUUUUACAUUGUGCUCUUGCAUAACUCAAUACACUAUGCAUCUGACUCCACUUUAAAUGGGGGAAUGCAAUUCUUUCUUGUUGUGCUCGCUGAGUCUCUUACAGAAUUGGACACAGCUCUGCAUGCCACUGGUAUCAAAGAGCAGCUUCCUUUCCUGUGUAAUACAGAUUGAGCCUGUUUCACCAUUCAGCCUUCUGACAACUCAGCCAUGUUCGUUCAUGUAGAAACACGGUGCUUCCCACUGAGGAAGAAUAUGCAGAAACCUGUGCAGUCCAAUAAACCUGGCUGUCUCUGUGAGGCAGUGCUGAUGACAA